AUGGAUGGCUCACGACCAUUAACAUUUGCCACCCGAAGCUAUUCACAAAGCAGUUUUACCGUCAGCAAUACGCAGGACGCAAGCUUAUCUUUCUCGUUUAACGGAACAGCUGUUGAAAUAUUUGGGGCAAAGAGGGGUAAUCACGGCGACUAUCAGAUCACCAUCGACAACGUUACUUCUACAAGCUCUGGCCGCGCUGACCCCAGUGUAUUCAAGACGAGUUUAUUCUCUAUCUCGAAUCUAGCUCAAGGAAUUCACACCGUCACCUUGACAAACAAACCUACCGAUAAUAAUCACAACUUCGUGGAUAUUGACUUCGUGAGCCAGGAUGACGAUAAGCUAAUGGUCAAAACAUACCAAGAUACAGAUCCUUCGUUCUCGUACACGCCACCGAACGUUUGGACGACCAACCCUGAUCAAAUAGGCUUGUUCAACGCAGGCUCUGGGCAGUGA